UGCAUGGGUUGGUGAUGUUGGUAGACAGGUAGGAAAGGGUGCAGAGCAUACACAGGUAAUACACAGGGUUGAAAAGAAAGGGUUCAAACCUCUCUCUAUCUGCUCCGUGGCUGUGCUUCUGCUCUGGGGGCUUCAUAAGGCAGACUCUAGGUCUCGCUGGUAAAGGAAAUGAAUCCUGAAGUAAACAGAACCCAGAGAAAGCGGAGCCACAUUGUUGCUGUGCUAGCUUGUGCCCCCUGCUGGGAGAGCUGAGUCACCUCCAUCUGGAAGGGAUGGGGAGGCCUGGCCAACCUCUCACAGCACAGUGGGAACCAACCCUGUGGUGUAGGUGGACAGGCACUGCCCAUGGCCCUUGAAGUGGGGUACCGAUCUUUCGGACAUGUCUAGGAUGAAAACACCAAUAAGGAUCCAGCUGGUGCCCAUGUGGGAACCAGACCUUGUGGGAGGACAUGCCAUCUUCCUGGUCAGGAUCUUUUUCCAGCCCUGCACCCGCAGCAGCUCUGCCCAGACCGCCUGUCAAAACCAUUCUGCCUCUGAGGACUAAGGAGUGUGGUCCUAGGAAGGUGGGGCUUGGGGUUAUUCCACAGGAACUGCGCCUCUCCCCAGAAUUCCAUAGUGAAGGCUUGUAAGGUGUGCUGACCAUGGUGGACUCUGCGAUGGGAAAGGGCUCCCAGUUGCCAAUGUCUACCUGCCGUUUGUGCCUCUUGGAAGACCCUUCACUGGGCCCCGUUUCUGACUCAGAAAAGGGCACCAUCAGCAGCUCGUCCCGCAUGGUUAGCACCAUCUACCAGGAUGUUAAAGUUUGCUUCCACGCACACUACGGUUCCUACCGCUGUAAAGAAAAAUGCAUCUCCCACCACUCAGACUACUGCUGUAAGGCUGACUGCAGCCAGUAUGAUUGCUGCAACUGGUCCAGUGCCCAGCUCCGCAGCCCUCUGCCUGCCCCGAGAAGACAUCUGGCCCUGCCCCUGUCUGAGUCCCAGAUCCACCGGUUCUUCCAGGCCCUGAACCUCUCCUUGCUCCCGCUUGGUUUCCAUGCUCCUAAGGUGUCUGAGAGCCCAGACCCAUUUACCCCGCCCCUGGAGCUGGGUGUGUCCGUUGCCGACCUGCACCAAAUACACUUGUUCCUCAACAGUUCAGGACUUAAGGUUCUUCCCCAGACGCGUCCCCUUCCAGAUUCUGCUCUGCAGUCCUCGAUCCCUGUGGUCUCCUAG